AUGGAGAAAAAGAGAAAGGAAAUGAGCGAAGAAACGAUCAAAUUGGAAGAAAAUCGCUACGUAACGCCAAAUACUACAAUUUGCAACGGAAUAUUAAGAUCAAAGAGAGGGCAGAGACCUGCUCACUACAUGCUUAGGAUAAAUUCAUAUUCAAAACUGGCUGUUACUAAGCUUGAAAGUUAUGAAUCUGAUGUAUUUGAAGCUGGUGGUUUCAACUGGAGGAUGGUUGUCUAUCUUCGUGGAAAGAAUCAAGUCAGAGAUCAGCAUAUAUCAAUGUACUUGGCAAUCGCAAACGUGAGGAACUCAAUGCUGUUCGAGAAGUCUUUGUCCAUUUCAAGUUUUUUGUUUACGAUCAAAUACGUGAUCAAUGUAGAGAAUGAGUUGAAACGUUUUCAUGCGGGGAAGACACAGUGGGGUUUUGAUGAACUGCUUCCUAUGGAUACAUUCAAAGACGUUGCUAAUGGAUAUCUUGUUGACGAUUCUUGUGUAUUUGGAGCUGAGGUCUUUGUUGUUCAGUGUUCUGGAAAUUGGGAAUGUCUUACAACACUGGAUAACAAAUUUAAGGAUUCAUAUACAUGGAAGUUGUCUAAAUACUCGCAGAUUGUGGAGGAAUUUUGUGAGUCCGAAGCAUUCUCUAUUAAAGGCAAAACAUGGAAGCCGAGAGUUUAUCCCAGAGGUGAUAGGUCUCCCAAAAACGAGUUUCUGUCCAUGUUUUUGGUCUUGAAUGAAGAUGAAAGCCUGGUGGCAAGAAAGAAAUGGUUCGCCGAGUACACAUUACGCCUUAAGAAUCAAUCUGUACCAUCGAGAACUCGGGAAUUGAAUGUUGCAGCAUGGCUCAGUCAACGGACAAAUACAUGGGGAUUCAGUCAAUUCAUGUCGCUAAAGGAUCUUAAUGAAGAUACUCUGAUUAUCGAAUGCCAGAUCACUUGCCUAAGUGAAGUUGAGCAUUUCAAACAAUGACACACAACUGUUAUGUUUGAUUAUAAUGAACACUCCCACUUCCUUUUGGGUAAAGUAGUAGUAAAUUAAACUUCAUAGUCUGGAUUUUGUGCUUGU